CAGCGGGGGGCUCGCUCAAGCUGGAGGAGCAACUCUGUGCUGUUAAUGCAGGUGGCGAGCAAUUGCGUGGGUGUAUAUACGUGAGAGUGUGCGUGCGUGUCCCAACGCCAACAAGUUGCUAAUAUUUGUAUUUAACGUCCUCCAAACUUAUGGUGUAUUACGCUGCGGGAGUAAGUCGGCGCUACGGCGAGUGAAGCAUCUUUCAUGAGGAAAUGAAAAAAAAGACUUUCCACAACAACGGAACUCCAAAGAACUCUAAAAUAAGAAGUUCGCUGCGCGCACCCUCUGACGACAAAGCCGCAUCUCAGUGAAUGUCGGCGUAUCGUUCUGUGACACUAACGCUAGCUCACGGGAGCUAAAGUGUCACAGCUGCUCGUGCCGUUUUUUUUGUGGUGGUUGGCUGCCUGCAGUCAAAGAGUCUCGUGCGCCUCCUUUUUAAACGUGUCACGUUCUCAUGUUCGCUGGUGAAGUCGUAGUAGUCGUCACUUUAACAGUAUUAAAACCUAAUAGUCGUUGACAAGCCGUACGUGAGAGAGGAGAGAUGCUAAAGAACCUGACGAAGAAGCUUAGAAGACACUCGCUCAACGAGAUGCAUCCUUUCCAACUGAAGAUUUCUUACCGUGGCUGUGGAGAGGGAGGGGAGAGCGACGACUCAGAGGGGGAGAACCAGGAGCUUGCACAGAUUGACAGAGAGAGACGGAGAAACUGUUGCCUCACACCUUUGGCCACCAACCAGCAGCACAACCAGGGGCUCCUCUCUCCAGCUCGGUUACGACGCCUUCGCCUCCUCCUAGACGCCAAUGUGGAUCGCCACUCCGAGGACGAGGACGAGGAGCUCGAGCGGAUUAGCCGCGGCGACAACAGGAAGUGGCUGUCGGCGCUUCCCCGGCGCCACGGCGACCACCACAGCAGCCCCUCCAGCGACGAGGAGGUGCGCGACCUCUGUGGCUGCAGGUCACCCUCUGCCUCCGCCAGGCCGCUGGGCGAGCCGGCCGGGCGCCUGGGCGCCUCCCCGAGCCCCGUGCUCUUCAGCUCCAGUCCACCGCGUAGCGUCAAGCCCCCCUCCAUGCGCGUUCAGCUGCAGGUGGUGCAGCCGCUGGCGCGGCCAAUCAUUUUGACCCACUUUGACCAGUCAGCACCUUAUAGGAGGUAUCGGCACAGUUAUGUCGGGGAGCCAGGGAGGCCAAGUCUGGAUCUGGAGAAAAUGCAACAGAAAAUGCUGCUGAAAAAGAACUGUGGAGGGAAAACGCGGACCAUAAAGAUUCGGACUCUGACAGGCGCCCGCCCUCCACCCAGGUACACCUACGAUCCCUCCAUCUUCGCCUUCCGCUCUUUGAGCGUGGUGCCCCCCCGCAGCCCGCUGACCCCGUCUGAGGACCCUCCCUGCUCGUAAAGGAGGUUCACCCAGCGCUAGUUCAUCCUCUCUCCUCCUCCUCUCUUUCCAUUCGCAGAUGGCUGCUUUUUUUCUUUUUCUGCUUCUGAGGCGAGAAGGAGAAGCGACCGUUUAUGAAACCGACCACUAAGAAAAAAAAAAAAAGAUGUUUGUCUGGUCAAACUAUUGCACACUCAGGUAAUCCCACCCUAUCACUUUCAAUCACCCCCCCGUGAUAUCCAUGUGACCAUUGGGGGGAUAAAAAUGGGCCCAAACACAAUGUUUCUGAUGCUGCGGGUACUGUGCUGGUCUCUGAAGAAGAUGCUGUGAUUGAAGCAUCCAGAAACACUCAUGGACAAAGGGACGUGUUCUGGAACAUUACUUCCGGGUCACAAUGCACAUGAGACAAUCAAGAGGUCCUGGUGUUUCCUCCAGCCACUGGACAUACUGUAAGGUUCUUGGUAACUUCAUACUCUAAACAUGGCACCGUGAGUCAUUGGAUAUUGUGUUAUUGAGACCAACGUAGACAGUGGUCCAUCUGAAAAUAUUUCUUUGGAUUUGUCACAUGUAUGACCUGCUGAUCUUUGUGGCGAUGUAUGUGUUCUCAAUGAAUUUGUCACUUUAGUCCAGGUCAGGGUUAAGUGCUUGUAUCUUCUCUCCUCGCAUGCAUUCCACUGCUCGUCAGAAAGAGGAAGUGACGAAUAGUUCGCUGCACAUCUGGCAAAAAGUAACAGGGGCUCUGUUACGCGUAGCCGACUCGUUGUGUGCCAUUUAUUUUUUUCAAUAUUGUACCUCAUUGCUUCUUAGGUAGAGAACCACACUGGUGUAUUCGAGACGUCCCAGUGUUUUUCUAAAGAUCUCUUAAUGCCUUGAAAUCACAUUCCUGUCGCUCGGAUUGAAACUUGAGUCCUGGGCUCAAUCCGAUAAACGCAACAACCCCCUUAACCCCUCGUGGAGGAAAUGCAUUGUGCAUCCUUCACAGCCCAGAGGCUUCCAAAGGGACAGUGAAGUCAUACAAUCUGCAAACUAAACACACUUGAACGGUUUAAAGCGGGUCGAUGCCACCACUGUAACAAGAAUGUAACGUUGUGACAUGAAUGAAUCAAUAAAUACCCUGUGGCCUCUUGA